AUGCGUUUGUCCUCAUUCCUUCUGGCGGCAUGUGCCUCGAGUGCAUUCGGGCAGUUCAACCAGAAUUUCAAGAGAUUUACAAACACCAGUAUACCUACCACUACGACUUCUUCCUCUGUCCCUACUUCAAUUGACACGAGUGCUACUACGACUGGUAGCUCUACUCCGUCUACUGCGCCUAUCUCUCUUGGAACAGCCCAGCUUGGUGCAGGUGCUAGUUACACUACCGCACUUGAUGGUUCAGCGGCAGUCUCUCUCUUUAUCCGAAAUGGAGUCGCCACGUUCAGACUUGUGCCCUUCCUUGCUAGCUUUGCAAACCUUCGUAUCUUUGUCGUCUUCAGUAUCCUCGUCAGGCCUCCUCCCGCAGGUCUUAAGCGUCAAGUGCUCGAAGGGUGCAGCCUAGAAGUUCAGUUGGAUGGCCAAACCAUUUACAAUGAAGUAAUGAGCGACACAGGCGGAUCAGAGGUCGGACAGAGAAGCAACCCUGUCAGGCUCAACGCCGAAGGUCGUCCUGAUCUCCAAUACGUCCUGACUUGUGGCCCUGAUGCUGUCGAGGUUGUCGUUUCUCAUCUCUCUUUUGAACAAGCUAGCGACGAUGCAGAGACCACACCCAUUGCGCCCAACCCAACAGGUACUGAAACGCCAGGUGGUACAAACACUAACUCUCAAGGAUUUACUACCAAUUCUGAUGGAGAGACUGUUUUCCCUACUGGAACUGACUCGGCUGGUUUCACCACGAACUCGAAUGGCGAGACUGUUUUCCCUACUGGAACUGACUCGGCUGGCUUCACCACGAACUCGGACGGAGAGACUAUUUUUCCUCCUAGCACCAACUCUGCUGGAUUCACCACUAAUUCCAACGGUGAGACUAUUUUCCCGACCAACACUAACUCUGCCGGCUUCACCACAAACUCCAACGGCGAGACCAUCUUCCCCACUGGAACCGUAACUGGCACUGAGGAUCAAUCUUCUGCUCCAACUGCUACCUCUCCCGCUGGUUUCCCUGACUUCAUUGAUGCUUUCACCCUCUUUGGCUGUGUAGGAUCUAACGAUGGCUUCCCGACUUUUGAACUUGCUGAAUCGGAUACCUCCAUGGAUCUGGAUCAGUGCUCUACCGUUUGCCAAGGUCGAGCCUACUUUGGUGUCUAUGAUACUGACUGCUACUGUGGUGACGAGAUUGAUGGCGAGGAAACUGCCCGCGUUGGGCUUGAUUCAUGUGAUAUCGAGUGCCCCGGCGAUGUCUCUCAAUUCUGCGGUGGUGACUCUCCGCGUCGUAGGAUGCACCGUCGCCAGACCAUUCCUUCCGAUCGCCUUCUCACGGUUUAUGUUUCUGCUGGUGGUCAAACUAAUGUUGUCACCAACGAAGUCACUAGAACUGUCGCUGAUCAGUCAACCUUCGUUACUACCUUCGCCACUACCGUCGUUGGACCUGUCACCACCGCUACAGAGUGGGUAGUAUAUAUCUUUGUUGAGGCCAACUGCGGCACCUGCAAUGGUCAGUGGGUUUACAUCCCUGAGGCUUGUGACUGCCAGGGAGGCUUCCAGUAUGUUCCCUACCUCUGCUUCGGAGGCAGCUGCUCUGGAAAGACUGUGUAUAAGUCUCAGGAGUGUCGCGAUUGGUGGAAUCACAAGGACUUCUAUGUCCCAGCAGACUGCGAGGAAUGCUCCGGUGGAGAGAUCAUUUACAAGCCUUGGGAGAAUUCUUAUGGUACGCCUGAGAACUGCAAGUCUGAGGAGAUGCCUGCCUGUGAGGGACUCAAGUGUCCACCUGUCUACCCCACCAAGAACAAAGAUCAGAACGGAGGUGGUAGCAGUGAUCACAGUGGCAGCUCCCACCCUGGUAUGCACCACGGAGGUUCCGGCAGUGGUUCCAACGGCAGUUCCACUGGUGGUUCCAAUGGUGGCUCCAAUGGUGGUCCCAAUGGUGGCUCCAGAUACGAUGAUCAGAGCAAGGGUUUGAACGACAAGGGAUCAAAUGGCGACAUCCCCGGAUGCACUGGAGAUGACUGCACAGAACCCUAUGGUGGCGAAUCUAACUCCAAGCCCAAUGGUCCCUAUGAGUCUAGCGGAGGUAAUAGCUACGCUGAGCCUGCACCUGGAAGCAAGCCUACUGGAUCAGCUGAGGGCAGUGACUCUUACAGUAAGCCUGCACUUAGUGGUAAGCCUACUGAUGUACCUGUUAUUAUUAGCAGUUCUAGUAAGAAGUCUACUAGUAUUUUUGUUUUUCUAGCUGCUUUUCUUUUUACUCUCUUUUAA